UGAACUUCCCAACGUCAAAAUGGCGUGUUGUUGACAUGCCAGGUUGUCACCCAAAAUUCAAGCACAAAUUUAAAACGAAAAAGCCACAAGUCGAACGAAACUGAUACGAUGAUGAAUUGAUUUGGAGCCGUGUCGAUGAAAAAAUAAAGGCAAACUCUACUAGUCGUUUGCGUGAAGUAAAUUAGCGACAAAACAUAAAAAUAUGGGGAGAAUGAGAUGGUUCACCAGAACCUCGAAAAUAGUUGCGUUAUGCAGUGCAGCGAAUUUUAUCAACAGUGCGGACAGGCUGAUAAUGCCCAUAGCUAUCGUGCCCAUGGCUGAUAUAUUUAACUGGAGUUUGCACGAUCAGGGAUGGAUACAUUCGGCUUUUGCUGUUGGAUACUUUACUAGUCAAAUUAUAGGUAGUUUCUGGGCCACAAAACUGGGAGUAAAAAAUGUUUUAAUAUGUAGUGUGUUUCUAUGGAGCAUAGCCACUUUUAUUACACCCCUAUUGGCUCACAGUAUCAACCUACUUAUAUCUUGUAGGAUAAUUCUUGGAUUUGCUGAAGGAUUAGGUUUGCCAACGAUAUUUCAACUAUUCGCACACAGCAUCCCGGUAGAGGAACGGAGUAGAGCGUUUUCGUAUCUUAUCGCGAGUGGUUCGGUUGGCCAGACUGUCGCGUCGGUUCUCUGCCCGCAUUUAAGUUGGCAAUCGUGUUUCUACUGGUUCGGGUCGUUCGGGUUCGCGUGGGUGUUCAUGUGGUUUCUGUUUUACCCCAAGGACGCUUACAACGGGGAAGAUGUAAUUCCUUUGCACGCGCCUAAGGUUAGCCAGAAGAUCCGCUGGCCGGAUUUCGUGCUUUGUAAGGCGUUGUGGGCGAUUUAUGUGGCGCACUUUGCUAUGAAUUGGUCCUCGUAUAUUAUAAUGCAGUGGUUGCCUACGUAUCUCGCGAAGUAUUUGGGCGGGAAUGCGCACAGCUUGAGUUUGACGGCGUUGCCAUAUAUCGUCAAUUCUGUGUUUGGGGUUAUUAGCGGGCACGUUGCAGACGGUUUAUUGCUGCGCAAGAACUGGUCAGUGUUAAACGUGCGAAGGUUGAUGACGUGUGUUGGUCUUAUAGGGCCCGCUUUGUUUCUCGCUAUAUUCUGCGUUGUGGACCAUUUGUGGUUCGCGCUAAUACUCGUCAGCAUUUCCAUGGGACUAUUCGCGAGUAAUUCUGCCGGGCAUUUGAGUAAUCACGUGGAUAUAGCCCCUAAUCACGCCGGUACUACGUUCGCGAUUAGCAACACGAUUGCCACCAUAUCCGGUAUACUUUGUGGACCUGUUACCGCCAGUUUGGUUCACUACUCAGACGGCAAAUGGAUGACGGUCUUUCUAGGUGCUACAGCCAUCAACUUGACGGGUGCUUUUAUAUAUUUUACGAAUAGUGUCGCUACGCAGGUGCUGUAAUCCACUAUGUACCAUUUAUAGAUAUGUAUAUUUUGUAGACUAAGAAAUAUAAAGACUAAUUUAUUUAUAA